AUGGAGGAGUUGGGUGUCAUAGUGAGAAGUUGGGUGUCAUAUGGAGAAGUUGGGUGUCAUAUGGAGAAGUUGGGUGUCAUAGCUGAGGGUGUGGUCUCAGUGUGGUCUCAGUCUGAGGGUGUGGUCUCAGUGUGGUCCCAGGCUGAGGCUGUGGUCUCAGUGUGGUCCCAGGCUGAGGGUGUGGUCUCAGUGUGGUUCCAGUCUGAGGGUGUGGUCUCAGUGUGGUUCCAGUCUGAGGGUGUGGUCUCAGUGUGGUUCCAGUCUGAGGGUGUGGUCUCAGUGUGGUUCCAGUCUGAGGGUGUGGUCUCAGUGUGGUUCCAGUCUGAGGGUGUGGUCUCAGUGUGGUUCCAGUCUGAGGGUGUGGUCUCAGUGUGGUUCCAGUCUGAGGGUGUGGUCUCAGUGUGGUUCCAGUCUGAGGGUGUGGUCUCAGUGUGGUCCCAGGCUGAGGGUGUGGUCUCAGUGUGGUUCCAGUCUGAGGGUGUGGUCUCAGUGUGGUCCCAGGCUGAGGGUGUGGUCUCAGUGUGGUCCCAGGCUGAGGGUGUGGUCUCAGUGUGGUUCCAGUCUGAGGGUGUGGUCUCAGUGUGGUCCCAGGCUGAGGGUGUGGUCUCAGUGUGGUCCCAGGCUGAGGGUGUGGUCUCAGUGUGGUUCCAGUCUGAGGGUGUGGUCUCAGUGUGGUUCCAGUCUGAGGGUGUGGUCUCAGUGUGGUUCCAGUCUGAGGGUGUGGUGUCAGUGUGGUUCCAGUCUGAGGGUGUGGUCUCAGUGUGGUCCCAGGCUGAGGGUGUGGUCUCAGUGUGGUCCCAGGCUGAGGGUGUGGUCUCAGUGUGGUUCCAGGCUGAGGGUGUGGUCUCAGUGUGGUCCCAGGCUGAGGGUGUGGUCUCAGUGUGGUCCCAGGCUGAGGGUGUGGUCUCAGUGUGGUCCCAGGCUGAGGGUGUGGUCUCAGCUGAGGGUGUGGUCUCAGUGUGGUCCCAGGCUGAGGGUGUGGUCUCAGUGUGGUCCCAGGCUGAGGGUGUGGUCUCAGUGUGGUCCCAGGCUGAGGGUGUGGUGUCAGUCAGCGGGGUUUAG